AUGGAAUCCAUUGAGUUCUUUCAAGUUUUCAUCAUAAUCAUCACACUCAUCAUAACAUCUUCUUCUUCUUCCACUUCUUCUGUUGCUGCUGUUGAUACUGAUAUCCCCCCUUUUCGAGAAAAGUAUGAUGUGUUUAUUAGCUUCAGAGGUGAGGACACACGCGAUGCUUUUACCAGCCAUCUUCACAAGGAGUUACUUGGGAAGAAAAUUGAGACCUACAUGGAUUACAGACUGGAGAAAGGAGACGACAUUGGGCCUGCCCUUCUAGAAGCAAUCGGUAAAUCGAAAAUUGCACUAGUCAUUUUCUCAAAAGACUAUGCUUCUUCCACUUGGUGUAUGAAAGAACUUGUGCAUAUACUUGGAUGCAAGAAAAGCCAUAGACAGAUUGUUAUACCCAUUUUUUAUCGCAUAGAUCCAUCACAUGUACGAAAACAAAAGGGAACUUAUGCAAUUGGAGGGCUGCUUUGGAGACUUAAGAAACGUUUUAAGGUCAGUAUGGAUGAGGUGGCCAACUGGAGGGCUGCUUUGGAGGAAGCAGCCAAUAUUUCUGGGUUUCAUGAUUCAAGCAAAACAGGGACGGAGGCCGAUUUUGUUGAGGAAAUUGUCCAAGAUGUUUUGACCAAAUUGAAUCGCGAAUCAUCAAGUGAUUUAAAGGGUCUGGUUGGGAUUCAAAGGAAAAUUGAGGAAAUUGAGUCGUUAUUAUGCUUGGAUUCACCAGGUGUACUCUCUGUAGGUAUUUGGGGCAUGGGUGGUAUUGGCAAGACCACCCUUGCUGAUGCUGUAUUUCACAAGCUGUCCUCUAAAUUUGAUGCUGCUUGUUUUCUUGCAAAUGUCAGGGAGAAAUCAGAACAAACGGGUGGAUUAAAUCAGUUGCGAAAUGAACUUGUUCGUGAGAUAUUAAAGGACAGAGAUACAAACAUCGGCACUUUGUCUAUAGGACCAACUUCUAUUCGAGAUAGGCUCAGCCGCACGAAGGCCUUCAUUGUUAUUGAUGAUGUGAAUGAUCCACGCCAACUAGAAUUUCUUGUUGGAUAUCAUGAUCAGUUUUGUGACGGAAGUCGAAUCAUUAUAACUGCUAGAGAUAAAGGAGUACUUGAGCAUAAAGUUGACACUGAUAAGAUAUACAAGGUUCAGGGAUUACAUUUGGAUGAAGCUCUUCAGCUCUUUCAUUUGCAUGCUUUCAGAAAUAUUGAGUCUCCAACAACAGAUUAUACUGAGUUGUCAACAGAGGUGGUAGAAUAUAUUAAGGGUAUUCCAUUAGCUCUUAAAGUUUUGGGGUCCUCAUUCCAUCGUUACAAGAGCAAACGAGAGUGGGAAGAUGAAAUGAACAAAUUGAAACGAUCUCCAAACCCAAAAAUCCUGGGAGUUUUGAGAAUAAGUUACGAUGGAUUAGAAGAAAAUGAGAAGGAGAUAUUUCUUGAUAUAGCAUGUUUUCAUAAAGACAGGAAUAUGAAUAAUGUCAAUGGAAUGUUAGAUAUCCGUGGUUUCUCACGGUCAUCCGGAAUUAAAGUUCUCAUUGAUAUGUCUCUCAUAUCUAUUUCAAAAAGGAACUCCAUAGAGAUGCAUGAUUUGGUGCAAGAAAUGGGUAGGGCAAUUGUUCGCGAACAAUGUAUUGAAGAACGCAGUAGGUUGUUCAGUGCUGAGGAUGUCUAUGAUGUAUUAACAAAUAACAAGGAAGCUGCAAGGGUUCAAGCCAUAUUCUUUGAAGAGCUAAACUUGAAUCAUGCAGACUUCAGAAAGUUAUAUAAUCUAAAAUUGCUAAUUGCAGAAACUUACGAUUUCGGCCGUGACAUAUUAGAAAAUUUUUCUCUUCAUCUUCCCAAUUCUCUUAGUUAUCUUCACUGGGUGGGAUAUCCUUUGACAUCUUUGCCAUCAAAUUUUUCUCCUGAAAAUCUUCUUGUGCUUCAUAUGCCGUUCAGUAAAGUUGGGGCGCAACUUUGGAAUGAAGGCCAGUGUCCUGUGAACUUAAAAGAGAUCGAUCUUGGUUACUGCGAACAUCUCUCUGAAGUUCCAAAUCUCUCUCGGAGUCUAAAAAUUGAGCGUAUAGAUCUUGUUGGCUGUAAACGUUUGAUUGAAAUUCCUUUGUAUUUUCAACAUCUUCACAAGCUUACUUAUCUUCGACUUGCUGGGUACCAGCAUAUCAAAUAUCUUCCGGCGAUGCCCUGCAAUGUAUUCAAGGAUUUUUCUCCUACAGCAAUGACACCAGAUUCUGAUGUGCUUAUUAGUUUCAGAGGUGAGGACAUACGCAAUGCUUUUACCACCCAUCUUCACGCGGCUUUACUUGAGAACAAAAUUGAGGCCUACAUGGAUUACAGACUGAAGAAAGGAGACAACAUUGUACGUUCCCUUAAAGAAGCAAUGAAGAAAUCAAAAAGUGCAGUAGUCAUUUUCCCAAAAAGAUAUGCUUUUUCCAAAUCGCGUUUGGAAGGACUUGUGCAUGUGGUUAACCGGAGGGAUGCUUUGAAGGAAGCAGCCGAUAUGGCUGGGUUUCAUUUUUCAAGCGAAACAGGGAGGAUAGAGGCCGAUUUUGUUGAGGAAGUUGUUCAAUAUGUUGUGACCAAAUUUGUUGGGUUUUUAGAAGAACAAUAG